UCCGGACAAUAUGCAGCUGAUAAGCAGAAUACAGAAACCCGUGUGCUCUUAAGUUGUUAUUUGAUAAGAUUUACACGCAAUCAAAUAGGAUCAUCGCUCUUCAAUCCAGAAAGAGUACUGCAAGAAUCAUUCCAUUUUAAGCAGAUUAAAGAUGAGCUACUGGGGGAGUCAUUACUCCGGGCUUCGCGAACAGGCGAAGGAUGAUGGGGUUGAGGAGGGUCAAGAGGACGCUCAGACGAUGGAGUUGCGCAGCUCCUUAAACAUAACCAAAGAGCAAUUUCAAGAGCUCAAAGAAUGUUUCAAAUUAUGUGACAAAAGUGGGAAGGGAACGCUCACCGGAGUAGAAUUAAAGGCACUCAUGAAAUCUGUUGGUGACGAUCCUGAUGGUGAAGAUAUUCAAGAGAUAAUGUACGAAGUCGAUUUGGAUGGAAAUGGGGAAAUUGACUUCAUGGAAUUUGUGCAUGUAAUGCACAAGAAUGUUAAACAACCAAUAACAGAUGCAAAUAUGGAGCAGUGCUUUAAAGUAUUCGACUCUGAUGAGAAUGGAUAUAUCACUAUAAGAGGUCUGGAGCGAGUAUUUCUGAGUCUCGGCCAGCAGUGCUCUACAACAGAAUUGAAAGACAUGAUUUCAUUCAUCGAUUCAGAUGCCGAAGAAGGACUUGUCACAAUCGAAUAUUUUAAGAAGUAUCUUGAAGGUGAAAAGUUGCUGAGAAGAGACGAUGACGUAGAUCCAUACAUAAGACCGCGUUCUGUUCGCAGUACAAGAAGCAAGAAAUAGUGCUGGCAAGUGAAAUUGAAUUGACAGGGGAACCCUGAGAAUGAUUACAGACUAAGGACAAUUUUUUCUAAUAAGCAUCGAUACCCAUCUCAAUAAGUAUCAAUAAGUAUCGACUUGCGGACAGCCCUCAGUUCACUCAGCAGACAGUGAGAACCUGGUUGAAACAUACUACGGCAGUGCGUGGUGGCCACUCUACGAUGACCCCUCAACAUCGCAUUCCCCAACGUUCGAUAUCGAAUACAGGACAAACAUUUACCUUUACCGUUUAGUGAUACCCAAACCAAUUAAAAAUUUUCAACCAAUUUCCAACAAAUUUGCAAAAUGGUGGGAUUAGUGACAAGACUUUGUAUUGGGAGAG